UUGUUGUCGGCAUACACUACUGCUGCAAGUUUCCUGCGAGUCUCAUUCGCCUUUCCUCCAUUUUCGCACCGUCCAAACAUCUCGACUGUUAAGUUCAAGCGAACCGAAAAACGAGCAAAAAAAAUGGCUGCUGUUGUAGGAUCCUUGCAGACGAAUUUCCUGCGUCCCCGUGCUUCACUUCCACCCACUCCAUCGCUGGCUUCUUCAUCCUUCUCUUGCCUUCCCACCGGAAACGCCAAUCUUCUCGCUGUAAGAUCAUGCUCCGUCGAUUCCUCCCCGUUCCUCGGUAGCAAUGCGAGGUUCGUCGAGAUUCGCCGGACGAGGAAGCGGCUGGGCAACGCGCUCGCUGUUCGGAUGUCUUGGGAUGGCCCCCUCUCUUCCGUCAAGCUGAUCGUUCAGGGCAAAAACUUGGAGUUAACCGAUACGAUCAAGAAGCAUAUCGAAGACAAGGUCGGGAAGGCAGUCCAGAAACACAGUCAUCUUGUUCGCGAAAUCGAUGUGAGGGUUUCUGUUAGAGGUGGGGAGUUUGGUAAAGGUCCAAGGAUUCGGAGAUGUGAGGUGACUUUGUUUACUAAGAAACACGGGGUGAUUCGAGCUGAAGAAGAUGCUGAGACCAUGUUUGCGAGCAUCGAUUUGGUGUCGUCAAUCAUGCAAAGAAAGCUGAGGAAGAUAAAGGAGAAGGACUCGGAUCAUGGCCGCCACAUGAAGGGUUUCAACCGUUCCACGUUCAAGGAAGCGAUGCCAGAAGCACCUGUAGAGGUAGCAGAAUUGGAACCCGAUGAAGCUGUAAAUGGAGCAUCCCAACAAGCGGAGAGUGAUGAGGAUUUUGUGGCUGAGGUUGUUCGGACCAAGUAUUUUGAUAUGCCACCUUUGACGGUUGCUGAGGCAAUCGAGCAGCUCGAAAAUCUUGACCAUGAUUUCUACGGGUUCAGGAAUGAAGAAACUGGCGAGGUAAACAUUGUCUACAAAAGAAAAGCUGGUGGGUACGGUGUUAUCAUACCCAAAGGGGAUGGUAUAUCAGAGAAACUAGAGCCACUGGAGAUUGAAUCUGCUAGAGAACCAUCCUUUGCUGAGUAAGAAAACCAGCCUACCGCGAGACUCUUUUUUGUAAGGUGGAUUCCACCGAGUUUUGGUGAAUGAUGAACAGAGCUGAAUCUUGAAGAACACAGAUGGACCCUGUGCCAUGGACAGAUCGUAAGUGAGAAAUUGCUCGUUACCCAGGCUGAUUUGCGCUGCCAAAAUGUUGGUAACUUGAUGCCGAAUCAAGUUACGAUUUUUCUGAUGUUUUAGAACAAAAAAGAUAGAGGCAUGUUAAUUCAAGUUGAAUAGUUCAUUCUAAUUAUAGUUCAAUGUUUCACUUAUUGUAAAGUAUUAUCAUUACGAUAUUGUUGAGUUCAAUCUCAUCGGGCAUAUACUAUAUAUACUCAUACCCAAAGAGGUCGGCAAUUUAAGUACUCUGCCUCCAUUGGAGAUGGAUCAUAUUAGUUCGCUUUGGUUAUUGGUGAAUUACCUGUUCCCACUUGUAACAAA